AGAGCCAGAAAAGGAAAGACAAGAGAAGGAACAGGUCUACAUUUGGCCCCUCUUCCCAUCCUCUUUUCCUCUCAGGAAAUACAUCCUGUUGCUGGCGGACUGUGGCGGCCAAUAUGUUUGUUGCGCACGAGAGAGAGAGGACUUUAACGAACGCCCCCUGGGCUCCAGACAAAAGAAUACACAACAGUGACGUCUAAGAGGGGGUCUUUUGGACAUUCUCUCACACAAACACGCUGACACACACACACAUUUAAAGUGAUCAUGACGGAGGGAGCUGUCUGUUUCAAGCUUGCUACAGUUGGGAACUGAUGUCUCGGACUGUGACGAACAGCAACUCCCCCUCAUUUCAACUUUGACCUCAAGGAUUUUGCAAAGAAACAGUCAAAGAGGGAAAGAAGCAGAAGGAGGUGGGUAACAGGACUUCUUCUUUCAGUCAGGCAGCGAGGCUUUUACAGUUGAGACAGUCUCGGUGAGCCUCCGUAAAGUCACUGACGAGCAAAGUCGGAGCAGCACUGUCUCAAGAAUCUAUGCUUAUUUGCAUCUGCAUUCCUCUGGUGGCAAUGUGAAGUUGCUGAAGUGAAAAGACAAGGAAAAAAAAGAAAGAGAAAAAACUACUGCCUGCACAGAGAAGCCAGCUGCACAUACAGAAGUCAGACCAGUGCAAUAAGCAACGCACUGAAGACGGAAAAAGGAGAAGAUCAAGCAAGAUCCAAGAGUCAAGCUGCAGCCAGCCGGAGCCAGUGGAAUGGACCUGGGUGCCAGUUGGAUUAAUCCCGGUGUACCCGCGGUGCUGUCUGAGGAGGAGGGCUGAGGAUCUGCUGCGACAACAACCAACUCCUGAAUGAGGAUGAAUGGAGAUGUCCUUUAGCUAAGCCUCAAGACAACACUCUUGCCAAUUCCACCUCCGUGCGAGCUGGGAAAACACUUGCUAACAGCUGGAGGAGGAGGUGGUGGUGGCGGAGGAGGUGGAAAGGAGCCAGGGGGCCCGCAGCACUGCUGGUGCUACUACCCCAGAAGAGAGGCAAGGGAGCAGGCAGGACACCGCUGAGGAUCAGGAGUCGGUGGAGGGACACGAGAGAGGUGGAGAGGUGGCAGGCGUCAGGCGCCGCAUGGCCGUGCAGAGGCUGGUGGCGGCAGCGGUGGCAGUAGCCCUGCUGUCCCUGGUCCUAAACAAUGUUGCAGCCUUCACCCCCAGCUGGGUUCUGCAGGCCCUGGAGGAUGGACGCAAGCGGAGUGUGGGACUUUGGAGGAUGUGCCCUACUGGUGGGGAAAGGGCCCGCGAUGAUCUUCAAGCUGGGAGAAGGGGGCAGGGGACACAGAGGCAGUGCGAAGGCCUGGGAUGGGGCUCUGAUUAUGCAGGCUACCAAGAGUCCCGCAGCACGGUCAAAUUGCAGUUUGACAUGAUGCGGGCAUGCAACCUGAUGGCGACAGUAGCCCUGACAGUCGGUCAGCUAAUCUUCCUCCUAGGCCUGAUGGAGCUGCCCUUCAUCACGCAAGAAUCCCAGUGGUGGGAGGAGGCCAUUGCUGCGCUCUUCCAGCUAGCCAGUUUUGUUCUGGUGAUUGGACUUGUGACCUUCUACAGGAUCGGACCUUACACACACCUGUCCUACUCCUGCUACUUGGACAUAGCUGCUUGCCUGCUGGCCACGAUGGCUGCGGCCAUGCUCAUCUGGAACAUUUUACAUCGCCGCGAUGACUGCCUUGCACCUCGAGUUAUUAUCAUCAGCCGCUCACUGGCAUCGCCAUUCCACCCUCGCCUUGACAAUGAUUACGUGGAGUCACCUUGUUGAGCCACAGGACUUCAUAAUCCAUGCAAAUCAAGGGGUAAAAGACUCAACAUACAAGAGUGUGCUCUCAAAUGUCCAUGUUUUACUCCAACUUGGAACCUCCAAUGUGACUCUCAAGAGAAGAGGACAUUCCUGUGGCUCUACAACAGCUGGACUAACAUGUACUUGCAAAUGUUAAACUCUAUAGUUCACAACUUCUCCCACCAUAAACAAAGAUAUCAGAAUUAUUUUGCUGCUUAGUGUACAACAGUCAUAUAUUUAAUUAAAAUUCAUGUGUAAAACUUCCAAACUAAAAACUGUUUGAUGUGCUACUUUGUAGCUAAAUAUGCAAUUUGGACGAGGACUGCCAUGUAUGAAGCAUCCUGCUCAUGAAAAGAUCAAGCUGGAACUUGACCUGUUUUGUUAUACAUUGAAUGCACUUAUUAAAUGGCCUCCUGUAUAAUUAUGAAUUGGAAAAAAUGAAAGACAUCGAAAAUGUAACACCAUAAUACCUCAUAUUUGUUUUCAUCCAUUUAAGGCUUAUUACGAUUGUAAUGCAUAUUAAUAUUAAUGGUAUAUGUUGCAAGUAAGUAGGUAAACUAACAAUGUAAAAGCAGAAGAGUCAGUCAGCAACAUCAAACUUGUGAUUGGGCUUCCAAAAUCAGUGACCAUAUAAAAUUUUACAACAGCGAUCAGAGGGGAUAUUUUGAUCACUGAAAUGAGGGAAUAUUCACACUCUCUCUUAAUAAGUCGCUGCCAAAAUUAGUAUUUCUUCUCUUGAACAAAGGAAAAUAAAAAAGACAAAUGACCUUCCAA